AUGGACGCGACAGAUGGGCAUUAUGGGACUGGCCAGUUGCCCCUUGCGGGCGCCAUCCUGUGCUGCACCGCCUUGCCGCAUGAGCAGCGUGCGCAGCUCUCGGCCAUCGGCGCGCAGAUGGGUGCGACCAUCAAGCUCGACCUCACAUCAGACGUAACGCACCUUGUCGCCGGCAACACGGACAGUGCCAAAUACCGCUAUGUUGCCAAGCUUCGAGAAGACGUCAAGGUCUUGUCACCAUCGUGGCUGGAGGCGCUGCGUGAUGUCUGGAUGGAGGGCGAGGAUGACAUGGACGUGGCAGGCUUAGAGAAGCAGUACCGUCUGCCUACCUUCUAUGGACUCAAAAUCUGCCUCACUGGCUUCGACAAUCCAGAACAGCGGAAGCACAUCCAAGAGACGGUCGAUCAGAACGGGGCUGAGUAUCAUGGCGAUCUCACCAAGAACGUUACCCACCUCAUCGCAGCCGCGCCAACCGGCAAGAAGUACGAACAUGCGCUCAACUGGCGGAUGAAGAUUGUCUCACUGGAGUGGUUUGAGCACAGCCUUGAACGGGGCAUGGUCUUGGAAGAGACCCUUUACAACCCCACACUGCCGACGGAAGAGCGCGGGAAGGAUGCAUGGAUUCGCAUUGAGAACCCUUCGCUAGCACUCGGCAAGCGGACGCGGGAUGCUGAACAACCUCAGCCAUUGAAUCCCAAUCGAAGGAAGCUGCGUCGUGCUGCAAGCACCAAGCUAGGGAUACAAGGCGACGCUCUGUGGGCUGAGAUUACCACACCGAGUUUCGAUCAGGGCAAGGAUGAGGACGAUGAGUGGAAAGAGGACAAUCUGUCCAAGCAGACCACACCACAGGAAGAUUUACCUGCAACACAUCGAAACGACGAAGUUGCUCAUCCAAUCGAGCCCGAGGAGACUACCGCACCCACACCCGCUGCAGCAGCUCCACUACGUUUACCAGAAUUAGAUCAAGGCGAAGGCAUCUUCCAAGGCCGCAUCGUCGCCACACAUGGCUUCGACCAAGACAAGGCACGUUACAAUAUUGAAACCUAUAUCCUACAAGACCAUCUAGAGAAGAACGGCGCCCGUGUUCUAAGCAGCAAUGACUUGGAUAAAAUCUCUCCAGAAGAACUCAGACGUGGAUAUCUCGUGAUACCGCAUGAUGUUGAGGCCGAUGUUACGUCUGGAUCGCUUCCGGAACGCGCCGGAUCCAUAACGAACCUUGUUACUAACUGGUGGGUUGAGCGUUGUUUGUAUGGAAAGCGUCUAGUCGACCCCACAGACGACGUCUUGAGUCGACCUUUCGAUAAGCUUAGCAUCAACGGGUUCUCUGCGUUAACUGUGAACUCCACGGGAUUUUCUGGAAUUGAGCUCCUGCAUGUGACGAAAGCUGUCACGCUUAUGGGUGCGAACUAUGACGAACAAUUGCACGCCAAAACCUCGGUCAUCGUCUGUAAUAGCCAAAAACCAUCCCCACAAAAACUCAAGUUCGCCACAGAUAGACGCAUUCCAGCUGUGCACGCAGAAUGGCUUUGGGAGUGUCUCCGCACUGGCGCAUUGCAGCCGUUCAGUAAUCAUCUGCUCAACACGCUCGCACCGCGUCAGCCUCAGAAGACAAGACCGGAGCCUCAGCUCUCUGAGAAGCCUGCAGUUGCCCCCUCGAAAGAGGAAGCCUUUAAGCCUCAAGUGAAACAAAAGAGAGCGGACGCACCAAAAAUGGUGACAAAGCCACAACACUCUCGCGCUCGAGGACCACUGAAACCUCGAGCUCUUGAUCUUGCUUCAGCGGAUGCAACAUCUGUCUCUACGACUGACCCGCUUACCCUACCAGCAGAUAGCACUCGUGACUCUCGAGCCUUUGACAAUGAUGAUGCUUUCGGAGGUGUUGAUGGCAAUGCAUCUAUGUCAUUACAAGACAUCGAGGCGAACUCACCACGACGUCUGUCGACAUGUUCGACAGGUUCAGCCACCAAUGGCAAAUUACAGACUAGGCAGAGAAGCUCAUCCGCUGAGUCCUUAAUCCGAGCUUUGCCUGCACCACGUAUCUCGGAACCGGUUCGAGAACCAACCCCUGACUCUGUAAUACCGGCGCCUUCUGAGCCAUUAGUAUCAGUGCCAGUACCAGAGCCACAACCUCCAGCAAAGGAACCUGAAGAAGAGAAAGACUACUCUGAUCUCUUGACCAAACUACGGGCAAGCCGCAAAGAUGUGCCUACUCCCGAAGACCAAGCUGACGAGAAGCGUCGUCGACGUCGCCAAUUAGGCCGUGCAACAUCUACACGCUCGAUAGGCUCUACAGGAGGCGCCAGCUCAGGCAACCUGGGUCUGGAUGGUGGAGACGAAGACGAUGAGACGAUUGUAAUGAAUGAAUACCAACCAAGUCAAGAGCUAGGCUGGGACAGUCCUGGCGCGGCCAAGGCAAGAGAAGCGAUGAUCAAGAAGCUGGGUGGCACUUUGAAGGAAAAGAGCGUGCCCGUGAAAGCCAUCGGUGGUGCGAUGGAUGGUCCGAGUGAAAGUGGAAUGACCAGUAGAGCGGGGAGGAAAAGAAGACCUGGCUUCUGAGGAUGGCGUGGCAAUGCAUGAGUAGGUGUACGAGGUGUAUGUAUGCACGACUUGGAUUUCAAGCAUAAUGAGCAUAGCGCGGAGUACUCUACAUUUCCCCGCAUACAAACGGCGUUGGGGUAUACCACAUGAUUCCCAAAAACAAUCAAAUCGUCUCUUCU